GCUUCCAGCAGCAGGGAGAGUUUCGUCACACACUCGUUGUCCUCCGACACAGAAGAAGAAGGAGACGGACGGCGGUCCAACUGUCAGCGCGGGGACAGAAAGUGUUCUCCUUCACCGUCCCGGACACCCGAAACACUCCCUGCUGACUGGAAGCGUUUCAUUUCACAGUUCGGAAGAUAUAAAGUCCGUACAGCUGAAACAGAAAGCCUCCCCUGGGCGUCCGAGUGCAUCACGCUGCUUCUCCUCCUCUCCUGAAGUGAGCUAACUUAGCCUGUUAGCUUAGCAGGCUACACACACAGAGAGCCGCGUUCGUCUGUGCAGGACUUUUUACCAUCAGGACCGAAGAGACUCGGAGCUGCACCACAACCGACCCGGGCUUCACUUCACAAACGCAGCUGCACGUUUUGGCCUCAAACGCGGCAUUUGCACGGAAAAUAUUUAGCAGAAAGCAGCAGAAAUCACCCUACAAAACAAGGAAGUCUGAAUGAACUUUGCUGCUAGCCUUUUAGCUAGCACCUAGCUAGCCCCAUAGCCACAUUGAUUCAUUUUGCUGCGUGCUUCUGCAGCUGAAGGGGGUCUGUGCAGCAUCCUCGGCUCUGAUAUUGAUUAUCUGUGGACACAUCUGGCCGUAAAGUCGAUAUAUCGAUCGCUAUCGCCACAGCGUGCUGGUGUACAGAGCUCUGCCACAACGUCUCUUAACUUGGAAAGAGUCAAACGGACGUUUCGGAGAUGAUUCCCGACAAAGCCCCCAAGGAAAACGUCUUCCACGGGUCUGAGGACCUGAAGAAGGAAGCUCACAUCCCCAGCUUUGAGAAAUACAAGGAGCUCUACAUGAAAUCUAUAGAGAAUCCGGAUGAGUUCUGGGGUGACAUCGCCAAAGAUUUCUUCUGGAAGACCAAACACACGGGUCAGUUCCUCGACUACAACUUCGACGUGACCAAAGGAGAGAUCUUCGUCAAGUUCAUGGAGGGAGCCUCCACCAACAUCUGCUACAACCUGCUCGACCGCAACGUCCACGAGAAGAAGCUCGGCGAUAAAGUCGCCUUCUACUGGGAAGGCAACGAGCCCGGCGACGAGUUGACGGUGACCUACAGAGAGCUGCUGCAGAGGGUUUGUCAGUUUGCCAACGUCCUGAAGUCUCAGGGAGUGAAGAAGGGCGACCGAGUCUCCAUUUACAUGCCCAUGGUGGUGGAACUGGUGGUCGCCAUGUUGGCCUGCGUCCGCAUCGGAGCCGUUCACUCCAUAGUGUUUGCAGGUUUCUCUGCCGAGUCUCUGUGUGAGAGGAUCAUGGACUCUCAGUGUUCGCUGCUCAUCACGGCAGAUGGUUUCUAUCGCGGAGAUAAGCUGAUCAACCUGAAGCUCUUAGCUGACGAAGCACUGCAGAAAUGCAAAGACAAAGGCUUUCCCGUCGAGAGGUGUAUCAUGCUGAAGCACUUGUCCAAAGAAGCCGAAGACAUCCUGGGCUCUCAGUCUCCUCCGGCCAAGAGGUCGUGUCCCGAUCUGCAGCAGGAAAAACAAACAGGCAGAGUAAAGAAAACGCGUCCUGUUCCGAAGGUCCCGUGGAACCCGGAGGUGGACUUGUGUUGGCACUCGCUGCUCCGCGGAGCUGCAGACGAGUGUGAACCGGAGUGGUGCGACUCGGAGGAUCCGCUGUUCAUCCUCUACACCAGCGGCUCCACCGGCAAACCGAAGGGCGUCCUUCACACCGUCAGCGGCUACAUGCUCUACGCCGCCACCACCUUCAAGCUGGUGUUCGACCACCAGCAGGACGACGUCUACUGGUGCACGGCGGACAUCGGCUGGAUCACCGGACACUCGUACAUCACCUACGGCCCGCUGGCCAACGGGGCCUCCAGCGUCCUGUUCGAGGGCCUGCCCACCUACCCGGACGUGAGCCGGAUGUGGGAGAUCGUGGACAAAUACCACGUGACCAAGUUCUACACGGCGCCGACCGCCAUCCGGAUGCUGAUGAAGUUCGGCAGCGACCCGGUGCAGAAGUACAAGCGAGAGUCUCUGAAGGUUUUGGGGACGGUGGGGGAGCCGAUCAACCCCGAGGCCUGGCAGUGGUACUACAACGUGGUCGGAGAGAAGAGAUGUCCGAUAGUCGACACCUUCUGGCAAACAGAAACCGGAGGACACGUGUUGACGCCUCUACCUGCAGCUACACCCAUGAAGCCUGGAUCUGCUACGUUCCCGUUCUUUGGAGUGGUGCCGGCCAUCCUGAACGAGUCCGGAGAGGAGCUGGAGGGGCCGAGCGAAGGAUACCUGGUGUUCAAGCAGCCGUGGCCCGGCGUCAUGAGGACGGUUUACGGAAACCACCAGAGGUUCGAAACCACCUACUUCAAGAAGUUUCCUGGAUACUACGUCACAGGAGACGGUUGCCGUAGAGACAAGGACGGCUACUACUGGAUAACAGGGAGGAUAGACGACAUGCUGAACGUCUCAGGUCACUUGCUGAGCACAGCCGAGGUGGAGUCGGCUCUGGUGGAGCACAAAGCGGUGGCCGAGGCCGCCGUGGUGGGUCGCCCUCAUCCGGUCAAAGGAGAGAGUCUGUACUGCUUCGUGACGCUCACCGAGGGGGUGACGUUCAGCUGCACGCUGGAGGCCGAGCUCAAAAAACAAGUGAGAGAAAAGAUCGGGGCCAUCGCCACUCCAGACUACAUCCAGAACGCUCCAGGACUCCCCAAGACCAGAUCUGGUAAGAUCAUGCGACGGGUGCUCCGUAAAAUCGCCUGCGACGAGCACGACCUGGGCGACAUCUCGACGCUGGCCGACUCCUCGGUGGUCGACCAGCUCUUCCAGAACCGAUGCUGCACGGCGGUGUGACGCCUCCGGGACGCUCGCAGGGAAAACCCGACUGGUUACCGCCGGAAACCGCAGAACUAACCACGAAGAAGAAGAAGAAGAAGAAGAGGAGGAAGAAGAGGAAGAAUUCCAUAAACUUGGUUCUUGUCCAGAAAACAACCUUUAGCUCCUGAUGACCAGUAUUUAACGCGACCCCACAAAGCUCAGCAGCAGGUAGACUCACAACUUCUGUCAGGUAGAUGUUUCCCUCUUCUGGUUUCAAACCCUCUCCGUCGCAUCCGUCUGCAGCCGUGUAGAUGUUUCCAGAGGUUCAGAAACGAGGCAGCGGUGAAGCUUCAGGUUGUUUCUGGUUACAACUCUCCGAGUGGAAGAAGGCGGCGACGCUUCGGGUGGUUUUUCUGCCCGAAAGCGUUUCAGCCCGAAAUGCACGGAAAUACCCGACCUGCUCCGUCAAAGCACAGGUUCAGCAAAACUGUUUCUACACUGGAAUGACAUGAAGUCCUGCUUCUAACUGCCCGGUAUCUACUAAACACACCUCCUGUCACCCAUCGUACAGAUGCGACGAUUAGCUAAAUCUGAGAACGUUUUUAAUUUUGAUUUCCACUGAGUUUUGAUAGAGGAGUUGUUGUUUGUCUCGACGCAUGUAUGUUCUUUGUUUUUUAUUUUUUUAGUCGCACAGAAGAAAUGGAAACUAAAGAGUUCAGCCUCAUGUAGCUAAAACAGCAAACAGUCGACUCUGCUCACGAACCGGCCGCGAACGUGACGCCGGAAAAGGGAGAAAAAACAGCCACAUGUAAAGAGUCUACGGUCGACGUUUCAUCAGUGAUCCAGACUUUGUUUGUGCUGAAAUAAGGCGCCAGAGUCACUCGGACGUGGCUGUGAUCAUGGAGGAGCUUUAGGAAAAACCAGCUGCUUCUUCGUUCUCAUCAUCAGACUGUAUGAGCGCUACUCAACCAAUCAGACGUUUUAUUAUCUGCAGGAGACGACUGAUGAUGGUUCAAUCUGUCCAUGAAAAGACCAAACGACCUGUAGUCCCGCCUCAGAAACACAGCUUCAGUUUAAUAAAAGAAAAUAAAUCAGGCUGAAGUGAAUCAGAGAAAACUUUGGUCGACUGAAAUCUGCUCCUCAACUGAUCGAUUGAUGCUUGAGGGGAAAAAAAACCCUCCACGUUAUCUCUGAAUGAAAUCAACCUGCUUGCCUUUUUAGCGUAAAGCAUAUUACAUCUUUUGAAUCUGCUUUUUUUGUGCAGACAUGAUAAAAUAUUCAUAACGUCUGAAAAUACAGGUUCAUCGAGAACGACUGAAGAGUAAAACAGAUGCUGUCUGUAGACGAUCUGACGGGUUUUUGUCGAGCCGUGAAGUUUAAACUUUUUAAACAAAAUGCAGCCACGACGACGACUUCUCAGUUAGUUUGGAUCCGACUUUGAGGAAACAAAUGAGCAGAAAUUAAUCAAUUAAUCCUGAAGGUAUCACUAGAGCAACAGCACGUCGACCAAACGACCAACCUUACAGAUAUUAUUGUAAAUGGAGGAAUAAGCAUCUGUUUGGACUGUUUUCCUACAGAUUAGACACUAGCUGAGAUGUUUUAGCUGCUGCUGCUUCAGUUCUAACCUUCAGUCUUCAUCAGUGGGACAAAAACACAACGUCCAGGAUGUUGUUCCUGCUGCAAAUGUAGUCUCAGGAAUCUGAUCGAUCAGGUUUUGAGCCACACGGUUGUUUUCAGCAGGAUACAUUCAGUGUUUUUUGGUCUUUUCAUGGGAUUUGUUGCCUGUAAAAUGAACUAAACAUCUGGAUCUGUAGCCCAUCUGUGACCAGUAACUCAAGUUUUCCCUGUAAAAGUCUUUAAACGUCACGUUUCUGCUCCGACAGACUGACCGGAGUCGACUGACCGCCUGAACUAGCAGCCGAUCUGGGGUUUAAAAGUUUUCUACUCUUUGGAUUUCUGAUUGUGUUUAAUUAGAAGCAGGACCUUUUUAUUUAGAUUGCAGCUUUAUUUUUCUCUCUUUUUGUAUUUUGUUUUGUUGCUGUUUUGCAUCUCGAUGUGCCAACCUCAGUACCGGGGAGCUGGGUUCAUAAAGCUAAUCAUGUUUAGAAAAGGAAUAAAAAGACGUGCAGCUGCUUAUGUGAUUCAGGAGCGUUUCUGUCUGUAAUAACUCGGGUGAAGGAAAGAGAAAUUUGCUGUUUGUUUUUUUUUUCUGUUCAGUUUGUGUUGUUUUUAUUUCCCUGUUUGUGUCAUAUUGUAUGCAAUGACAGUAAAUGGACGACUACUGCCUCUCA